AUGCAUGAAGAAGAAUUUGAAAUACUAAAGGCAAACAUUGGAAAUUUAAUAUCACCGAAUGGAUUUUUUUCUACAUCGAAAGAUCUUAACGUAGCAUUAAUAUUUGCUGGUGAAGAUGAUUUUGAGAAUAAAAGUAUUCUAUUCGAAAUAAGACUUGAUCCAACAAAAAUAAAGAACAAGACAAUUGUCGGAGCUCCUAUAGAAAACUUCAGUAGAUUUCCAGAAGAAAAAGAAGUUUUAUUUAGUAUUGGAACAACAUUCAGAAUCGAAAAUAUUAUGUAUGAUGUUAAAUUGAAAAUAUGGCGUGUGCCACUUACUCUUACAGAUGACGGAUUAGAACAUGUUCAACAGUAUGUGAACUCAAUGCGAAAAGAUUUAGCAGAAACGAAUCCUACACGAUUAUUUGGUAAAUUACUUAUCGAUAUGGGACAAUAUUCAAGAGCAGAACGAUAUUAUGAACUUAUUCUAAAUUCUCUGCCUAAAAAUCAUGAAGAUUUUCCAUCAUUAUAUCACGGUCUUGGAUACACACAUUAUGUGAGAGGCAAUUAUACUCAAGCAUUAAAAUACGAUAAAGUUGCCUAUGAAAUUCGAAAACAAAUUUUACCAGAAAACCAUUUAGAUAUUGCUAGAUCUUCAUUGAAUCUUGGAUGCGACUAUAUACGUAAUGGUGAUCACAAGACAGCUAUGGAACUUCUUAUGGAAGCAUUACGUAUUCGGCAACAGAAUUAUUCUGAACAAGAUCAUGUAAACAUAGCGAUUGUUUGUGCAGCUAUCGGUGACAACUACAUUCAUUUAUGUGAUUAUGAAAAUGCAUUUAAUUUCUUAACAAAAGCACUGGAAAUGUUUAAACGUGUACUUCCAUCCGAGCACGCAAAAAUUGCUAGUACACUAAUUAAGAUUGGUAAUCUUUGGGAAAAACAAGGGUUCUACGAUCGUGCUCUCGAACAAUAUCAUAGUGCUCAUAGUAUGGCAGUAAAAAUAAUGCCAUCCGAACAUCCAACUUUACAAAAAUAUUUUGAAAGAAUUAUUUACAUACAUAUCAUGUUACGUAUAAUUAAUUCAUCAAAUCGAGCUCUUGCUCAACGUAUUGUUCGUCCGAUAUUAACUGUUACUCGUGCUGAAAUAGGUACCGAUGCUGAAGCUGGUUCUGUUGCUUCAGGUAAUGAUGCAUUUAGUAAGAAAGAACAUGCUGAAGAAUCACGUUGGGCUCGUCGUCAUGAUGCUGAACAAAUUGCUAAAUAUCGUGCUGAACAUUCUUCAGGUAAUCGUCAAACAACUGCACAAGGUACACUUCAACAACGUCUUGGUGCUCUUGAAACUGAAAAACGACGUAUUGAACAAGAAAUUGAACAAAUUAAACGUCAACAAUGUUAA